AUGCCUGCCCUCCUGGAUCUGGUGGACCAUGAGAAAUUGAUAUCGAUGAGCGUCGGACGGCGUGCUGCAUGGGUGCUUGCCAACACCGGGCGCUGUUGGUUUCGCACUGGCAUUAAUCAGGAGAAUUAUCCAUCUACGGUCGUCGCCACCAAGACAUCCAUCCCCCGCGUAAACCACUGGGUAGCCAUACCCGGAAGACUUAAGGUUCUGCAGUCUUCACCCAACGAUGAGGUAAAUUAUGCUCUCUUCUACAGUCUGGUAGUUUGGGAAGUUGAUUACACUUCGGGUCACUGUUUAGUACUCAAUCUAUCCAUAUAUUGA